CCGCGCCGCGCCACAGGCCGCCACAGCGCCGCGACAUGCGCGUGACGGGCCGCGACAGCGCCGCGACAUCGGUGUGACAGCGCCGCGACAGCAGCCCCGGGGGGAACCGGCCGGGCCCCGCGCCCGCUGCCACCGCCACCAUGCAGAUGACCUUCUACUUCUCGGACACAGCAGUGCUGCUCUUCGACUUCUGGAAUGUCCACAGCCCGACAGGGAUGGUGCUCUCGGUGCUGGUGAUCCUGCUGCUCUCUGUGCUCUAUGAGGCCGUGAAGAUGGGCAAGGCCGUGCUGCUGCGGCGGGCGCUGCUGGCCCUGCCCCGCAGCCUCAGCCAUGAGGCCCUGACCGAGCCCCAGGAGGGGGACAGCGACCCCGCGCAGGGCAGGUACCACAGGGACCCCUGGCACCCGCCUGGCAGGUGGUUCUGGUUCCACGUGGGCCAGACUCUGUUCCACGUGCUGCAGGUGGUGCUGGGCUAUAUGGUGAUGCUGGCUGUCAUGUCCUACAACGCCUGGAUCUUCCUGGGGGCCAUCGUGGGCUCCACCCUGGGCUACUUCAUGGUGUACCCCCUGCUGGGCCGGGGCUAGAGCCCCCCGGGGUGGUGGCACACGUGUCCCACCUCCUGCUCCUUUGUCUGGAAUAGCUGCUGUCACUUCUGCUGAGUCUGUCUCUGUCCCCGUGCUCUGUGGGACGCAGAACCCCAAGGACUUGCUGGGGCCCCUCGGGGCUGGCCCUGCUCUGGGAACAGGGAGCCCCAUGGCCAGCACUGGCCUUGGCUGGUGGCUGUCCCCCGGCUCCCAGGGACCUUUGUCCGGGUGGUGACAGCGGAGGGGUGCUGGCAUUUCCUCCCCUCCCUGCUUUUCGAGGAGGUUCAUCCUGGCUGGAACGGGAACGAUCCAGUGACUUGCUGGGGACAGGGACCCCUGCCCUCCUGCCCAGAGCUGCCCUGCACCAAGCCCCUCUUCACACAGUGCCUUUGGGGACACUGGGCAGUCCUGCCACCCCCGCCCCGCUCCUGUGCUUCAGGGAUGGGGCUGGAGCAGCCCCUGAGCACCCACUGGUGUGGCUGUGCCAGGGGGGAAAUGCUGCUCCAGGUGCCUCUUACUGCUUCCUCAGGACACCCCUUUGAAUAAAGUCAUCUCAACUCCACUCCUGAUUUCGAUCACUGCUGGGUGGGCUCAGGAUGUGACACUCCUGGGUCACAAUGGGACUGGGGAUCCCCAGCCCUGCCCAGGGAGGUGCUUCAGGAAUAAGGAGAGUCUCCUCUGGCUUUAAAUAAAGCUUUUCCAUUUUAUUAA